CACCUUACAAUCAAAUUUUGAUGAAAUGAGGGUCGAUGAUUGACAAAAGAAAUUUAUAUUAAAAAAGAAAAAAGGAAAAAAAAAUUUAUGCAGCACUUUUCUUUGAGUCGGAAAAAUUUUCAGUACAUUUUACAUGCAUAAACGGAAAAUGCUAAAUAUGAGAGUCCAUUAUACUGAAGCAAUCCUUGAAAAAAACAAAUGAAAUUGCUGAAUUAUGAUUUUACCCAUGCGCAAAAAUUAUUAUUUUCCGUGGGAUUAAAUUAAUAUUUAUUAUUAUUUAAAUCAAUUAGAAGCCCAACCCAAUACCCAUAUGUGAUAUCCAUACCCAUGACCCACCGCCUAAGCAGCAGGCUAAGCUGACAACGCCCUCGCUCUUCGGCUUGGUGACGGAAAUUGGGAAUUUCCAUUUAGCAGGAGAAGGGAGGACCAAUCAACAGCGGCGAGAAUAAAUUCAGUGUUUGGAAGCAGAACAGUGCACUGCAGAAACACAGAGCUCUAAAAAGCGAAGAAACAGGAUGAUGAAGAAUCAGACGCCGCAAAUUGAGACUGGGGAGGAGGAAGAGGGGAUGAAGAAGAAGAAGAGGGUGGUGGUGGAAUCCCUAGGAUGGCUUACGGAGUCCUCCAUUAUGCCCAAGAAGCACCGGGCCAUUACCGGCGUCGGAGCUUCCUCUAUCAUGGACCUCAAGGCCCAGCUUUACAAAUCCCAGGAGGACUCUAAGAAGUCUAAGGAAUUGUCAGGACCUGACCUCCAAUUCCAACGCGCCAAGAUGAAGAUCGUCCCUCACGAUUCCUUCUCCGCCAAGAACUCCGGCGUCGAUGCCCGUGCCCUCAAGGACAAGCUUGAGCUGAAAGCGGUUAAUGAUGGAUCAGCCAGUUAUGCAGCAUUAGAAAAGAAGGCUGAGAUAUAUGAUAAGCUCAUGAGGGGUGAAUUGUCUGAUGAGGAAGAACAGGAGAAGUAUUGUGUGGAUUUUUUUGGCAAGAGGAUUGAGCAGGAUCAAGUACAGCAGACACAACAGAAUGAGCCUUCUGCUGCUGCACUACCCGGAGAUGAGGACAGUGAGGGUGAUGCUCCUAUACAUUUCAACUUGAGACCUGCGGGGCUUGGCCGGGCAGCUGCAACAAUGGACGAUGAUGAACACAAGCGUUUUGUAAGGGAAGUCCAUGAAGAAGCAAACCAAGCAAGAGAAAGGGCUUCGGAGCUCAAAUUGCGCAGGCAAGAGCAGGCAGCUGCUCGUCGUGAGAAACUAAAGCAGGCAUACCUUCGAAAACAGCUAGAAAAACUGAAAUCUGCAUCCAGUACAGAGAAGACAUGAACAAAGCUAAUGACCGGUCAUUUUGAGUUUACUAGCAAAAACAUGUCAAUAUUUCUACCCCUUCAUGUCCUAACAUUUAUUGUAAUUGCAAUAAUGCAAUGUUCUCUUUGUUCUAUUAUUUAAA